GCUUUGUGUACGGAACCACAGGCCGCCCUAAGCCGCGUCUCCAGGAGCCAUGGCAUUGCGGCCGGCCGACCCGUAUGACGAUUCCCACACCCCGCUGCACCCCAGGAACAGGCGGCAGACGUUGCUUAAAAAACUCCCCAUCCGCCAGACGAAAGUCCCUAAGACUGCUGUGUCCUUGACCAAGCGCCACCUCGAGCAGUUCUUCAAUCCAGACUACACUGACAUCCACGAUGCCUUCCACACAGUUCGCCCACAAAGAAAAGUAUCGGUACCAGAAUGGCUUCAACUCCUACCAUGAGUCAGAAGCUGUGGAGGGAGCCCUACCAAUAGGCGCAAACUCUCCUCAAAAACCGCCAUAUGGUCUCUACGCUGAAAAGCUCUCCGGAACCGCCUUCACGGCACCACGACAUGAGAAUCAGCAGACGUGGUUGUACCGCGUACUGCCUUCAUGCGGGCACAGCAACUUCGAACCCCGCGAAUCCUCCACAUACAACACCAACCCCGAGAACAAACCUUAUGAGAAGAUCCACCACAUUCCCAACCAGCUUCGAUGGGACCCAUUCGAUCUCGACGAGACGGUGGACUGGGUGCACUCACUACACCUGGUCGCCGGUGCCGGUGAUCCUACCAUGAAGCAAGGUCUCGGCAUGUACAUCUAUGCAGCAGGAAAGAGCAUGGACGCGAAAGAGGCUUUCUACUCAGCCGACGGAGACUUCCUUAUAGUACCUCAGCACGGUGUGCUAGACAUUCGCACAGAGCUUGGUCGUUUACUCGUGCGACCAAAUGAGAUCUGCGUUAUCCCACGCGGCAUCAAGUACCGCGUAGAUCUUCCCGAAGGACCCGUGCGAGGCUACAUUCUCGAACUAUACCAAGGUCAUUUCCAGCUGCCAGAACUGGGUCCCAUUGGCUCCAACUGUCUUGCCAACGCACGCGAUUUCCAGGCGCCCAUCGCAGACUUCGAUGAGGACACCGAGACAGAAUGGCACGUGCUGUGUAAAUUUGCUGGUCACCUCUUUUCUGCCAGGCAAGGACACACUCCUUUCGAUGUUGUAGCCUGGCACGGUCUCUACUACCCAUAUAAGUACGACCUAGGCCGCUUUAACACAAUGGGGAGCAUCUCAUUCGACCACCCAGACCCCUCCAUCUACACUGUCUUGACCGCACAAUCAGACCAUCCUGGCACUGCAGUAGCCGACUUUGUCAUCUUCCCGCCGCGCUGGCUCGUCGCAGAAGACACAUUCCGGCCGCCGUGGUACCACCGCAACACCAUGUCUGAGUUCAUGGGUCUGAUCCAAGGGCAAUACGACGCCAAAACCGGCGGAGGCUUCCAGCCCGCCGGGGCGUCGCUCCACAACGUAAUGGCAGGCCACGGUCCAGAUGCUUCGACCCACGAAAAAGCAUCUAAUGCUCCGUUGCAGCCGCACAAAGUCGGCGAGGGCAGCAUGGCGUUCAUGUUUGAGAGCUGCCUCAUGGUAGGCGUGACGGACUGGGGCCUGAAGAAGUGCAAGAAGGUGCAGGAGGGGUACAAUGCGGAGAGCUGGGAGCCGCUCAAGCCGCACUUCAAGAGGCCUACUCCGGCAAAGAUUGACAAUGGUGUCAAUGGGAAGGACGGCGUGAUUGGCGACAAGGCCCAGGUGCCUCACUGGACGUCUUGAGGGUAGAAAGGGCUAAUGUUGUUCUGUUGUAGCGUGUUGUAUAUUCCUCACCUAAUGCGAUGCACUCCUAGGCUG